GAUCCGAGAUGAACAGCAGUGGACCAACGUAUCCCCUCGCCUCCCUCUACGUCGGGGACCUGCACCCUGAUGUCACGGAGGCCAUACUUUACCAGAAGUUCUCUCCUGCUGGACCCAUCAUGUCCAUCCGAGUGUGUCGCGAUAUCAUCACCCGCAGAUCUCUGGGAUACGCCUACAUCAACUUCCAGCAGCCGGCUGAUGCUGAGUGUGCCCUGGAUACCAUGAACUACGACCUUAUCAAGGGUCGACCGAUCCGGAUAAUGUGGUCUCAGCGUGACCCGGGACUCAGGAAGUCUGGCGUGGGAAACAUUUUUAUCAAGAACAUGGACGAGUCCAUUGACAACAAGGCACUGUAUGAUACCUUCUCAGCCUUUGGCAAUAUUUUGUCCUGCAAGGUUGUCUGUGAUGACAAAGGAUCCAAAGGCUACGGCUUUGUUCACUUUGAAACUCACGAGGCUGCGAAUCGGGCCAUUGAAACCAUGAAUGGGAUGCUGUUGAAUGACAGGAAAGUUUUUGUCGGCCACUUCAAGUCUCGUAAGGAGAGGGAGGUGGAGUUUGGCUCCAAGGCCAUGAAGUUCACCAACAUCUACAUCAAAAACUUUGGUGAGGAUUUCACGGAUGACAAACUCAAAGAGCUCUUCUCAGGAUAUGGGAAGACGCUCAGUGUGCGCGUGAUGAAGGACGAGAUGGGUUGUUCACGAGGAUUCGGCUUCGUCAACUAUGCCCACCAUGAAGAUGCUCAGAGGGCAGUGGAUGAAAUGAACGGCAAAGAGAUCAACGGGAAAGUCCUCUAUGUGGGCCGUGCUCAGAAGCGUCUGGAGCGCCAGGGAGAGCUGAAGCGCCAGUUCGACCAGAUCAAGCAAGAGCGGAUCCAGCGCUACCAGGGAGUGAAUCUGUAUGUGAAGAACUUGGAUGAUACCAUAGAUGAUGACCGACUCCGGAAGGAGUUUUCCCCUUAUGGCACCAUCACUAGUGCCAAGGUGAUGACGGACAGCACCCAGAGCAAAGGUUUUGGCUUCGUCUGCUUCUCCUCGCCUGAAGAAGCCACAAAAGCCGUGACUGAGAUGAAUGGGAGGAUCGUUGCCACCAAGCCGCUGUACGUGGCGCUGGCUCAGCGGAGGGAGGAGCGCAAAGCUAUUCUCACCAACAAGUACAUGCAGAGAAUGGCCUCCCUGAGAACCAUGGCGAGUCCCGUCAUCGACUCCUACCAGUCUGGUUACUACAUGACGGUUCCACAGGUCUGUAUUCGGCCCUACUAUAACCACAGUGCGAUGAGCAGCAUGAGACCAGUGCCCCGCUGGUCAGGACAGCCGCAGAGACCUCAGGGCCCUUACUCCGCCCAUUACCCUGGUGGUUCCCUCAUCCGGCGUGGAUCUAUCGCCACAGUGCGGCAGGCUUCGACCCAGGUGCCGCGCGUCGUUGCCGCCACUCAGAAGACAAAUAACAUCGGGACUCAGACCGGAGGACGACGUGCGGAGGUGCCCAGAAGCGGCCAGUACAAGUACGCCUCUGCACCAAGGACCCCUCAGCAGGUGGUGGCUUUACCGGCUCCUCUUUCACGUCAGAUGGUUCCUGCCCCUUUGAUGGAGCCACCGGCGCGUGCUGGAGGUCCAGAAGCGCUCACCGCCUCAGUGCUGGCUGCAGCUCCACUGAUAGAUCAGAAACAGAUUCUCGGUGAACGGCUCUACCCGCUGAUCCACGCCAUCCACCCCAUCCUGGCAGGAAAAAUCACCGGCAUGCUGCUGGAGAUUGACAACUCUGAGCUGCUGCACAUGCUGGAGUCUCCGGAGUCUCUGCACCAGAAGGUGGACGAGGCGAUCGCUGUCCUGCAGGCUCAUCAGGCCAAGGAAGGUUCCUCAAAGAAGUAA